CUUGACUCCCUUCUCAGUGUUUUGCAUGGGUCUUGAUGGAAGGGAAGGGUGGGGACUUAUUAAUCAUCCCCCCACCCCAGAGUUACAGCUUGAGCCAGCUCAGACUUCUGAAAUGGAAGCCCAGAGAGGUGAGGAACCCCUGUGAAGCUUUAAGUGUGUAUGUACUCCCCACCAGUUAUCUUCCCUAGCCACAUUACCAAAUAGACACCAGGAUGUCAUGGAGCCCCUCAGACAAAGUAUUGGGGGCACAAAAACUAGUGAGAUGCUGCUCACUCAAUGUCUGGUGUCCCUUUAUGCCUCAUGUGUUCAGCAGGUAAGUUUGCCAGGGUAAUGCACCACCAAAUGUCAACACAACUGUACCAGGUCCUGGGUGAGAGAGAGGCACAGAUAGCCAUCUUUCUGCUUGAAAAGUAAAGGUGUCUGGCAUUGAAGUAUCAAGAGCCGCAAUCUAAGGGAGAGGUUCCUGUCAAUCUUACUCCUAGAAAAAAAGGGUAGGGGAAAUGGGAAAGCCACCAGCAUGGUUUGUGCUGCCAUUUACCUAGGCCACUUGGCCCCAGUGCACACAGGGUGAUUAGUGCCCAGCUUUGAGUUGACUUUCAUCCUCCAGGCCCUGGAUGGGGUGGAGGUUACUACAGGGGCUAUCCACUGAUGUAGAAGAGCAGUUGAGUUUAAAGUGGAGCUGGCAGCAUCUGUUUUUAGGUCCCAGGGAUUCUCACACUGAGGGCAGAGGCAUCCUGUGCAUUUUAAAAUGAUGGAUGAAACUCCCCCACACCCCUGCUACUGUUAGAACUAGAGGACCAUAUCUCUCCUGACCCCAUCUCUAAUUCCAUCUCUUUAAAUCUUGUCAGACUGCUACCCCUCUCCUCCCCCAAAGGGUGAUGGGUAACUAUGGGCCUGCUUCCUGGGGUCAUGCAAACAAUAGCAGUCAGCCUUGGGGGUGAGAGUAUAAGAGAUGCUUUCCCUUCACCCCUACCUCUUCUUUCCUCAGCCCUGCAGUUAGAUCCCAUUGCUCUCUCGUUGCCCUGGUAACCAGCUCAGCAAGAAGAAACUCAAGCUCAGCAAAGCCCCUAGGUUCUCUGCCCUCCCAGCCGGCCUCCCGAUGGGCAGAAAGGAGGGGAGUGUAAGAGGCAGUAACAGAUCUGCCUUAAGGAACCUUGCAGUUGCCUAAUCUAGAAGCCCAUGGGCUGAGCUCUCCGUUAAAGCUUUUUGCCCCCAUCUUUUCACAGUUAUUCACACCAACUUCUUUCUCUUUAUUUCUUCCAUGAUUCAGUGCUGAUGCUCUGCCAACCCUCUUUCCCCUCAGGGUCAGCACACAAGCCUGCUAUCUUGGUACUCAGAAUAGUGCGGACUCCAAAGUUGUCUCCAGCAUCUGCAGCCCAGAUGGGUUGGGUUGUCCCUAGGGCAGUGAUCCUAAACCAUGGCUGUUAGAAUAACCUGGGCUACUUUUAAAAAAUAUCAUAUGCCUUGGUCCCACCUUAGAGAUGUGAUUUUAUUGUUGUGGGGUGUGGCCAGGGCAUCUAUUUUUUGAAACGUACCCGGUGACUCCAUUGUGUAUCAGGAUGAGGACCACUGCUGCUCGAGGAGGACCAGGACUGGGGCUGGCUUUCCUCCCUGGUUCAAGGUCUUGAACUUAGUCUCAGCCUGAUGCUCUUGAGUAAUUGGAGGGGUGCUGGAGUCCUGUUGCCCACAUUUCCAGUUUCCAGGUCUCUGCCCAUUUUGUUUCCACGCCCCACACCCUUCAUACUCCUCCCCAGUUCUUCACCCUUCCUAACCGACAAUCCCAAAUCCUGCCCAGAGAGGAGGUUACCAAGGCAACGGGCUUAAUCUGGUAACUGUGGCAUGUGCUGGGAGAGGAGCCCUCCCCUCUCCAUUCGGUUCAUAAAACACUACCUGGGGUGCUGCAAGCCAUCCAACCAGUUCCCCUUUUGACCUGGGGGUGCUAGGGUGUCCAAUACUCAGACCUGCAGUCUAGCUUCUUAGCCAAAAUUGUGCUCUCUCUUUUUAAUGUUCCUUCUCUAAAGCCACAGACAUGGGUGUGCAAAGCUCUAUUUCUGUGAACACAUUCUAACAUAUAUGGGACCAAAUAUGCACACACAGUGACACAUGUGUAGUACACACCCUAUUCAGUUCUACCACCACUCCCAGUCUUUAGCAUUCUUGCCCUUGCCAGGUCGGUGCACAGUAAACAGGGGUGGGGCAUUGUCCAAGGAACCUCAACCCAUCCGGAACCUGGUGCCACUCCCCCACCUUGUAAUCAUAACCUGAAUGUGCUCACACCGAGUGUGUCUAUAUCCUCCUCCUUCUGGAGGCAGUGUACCCUUGGGGACAGAAUGUUCUUGAUGUAGGCAUCAAGAAUAAGGACCGUUUGAAGUGGAAAUUUGUACUACUUUUACUACUCCAUGGCUAUGUAAGCUCUGGGCUCUCUGGUACUAUGCCGGGUGAUAUUGAUUGGCAGUUGAGGGGCUUAUCACCCAUCUCCACGGUGUUGGUUCUUCCUGCUGCCAGCUGGGUAGAGGUGCCCUUGUGCUCCUAAGACUACUAUCUCCUAGUAUCUCCUCACCCCAGUUAUACCUGCCACAACCUGCUGCUCUCUGCCUGGCUCCUGCCUGCCUGCCAGUACCUGCCUCUGACAGGUCAGGCCUGCACCACCUAUUGUGCCCUACCAGAGAGGGCAGAUGGGCACCACCCCCAGUGUCAAUGCCAAUCCACCCUGGAGGCCUUCCCAACCCUUCUUGCAGAAGGAAGAUAAAGGCCACGUAUUCCUAUAUCCUGCUGGAUGACAUCGUUCUCACUCAUUCUCUCUUCCUCCCCACGGAGAAAUUUCUGCAGGAGCUACACCAGUACUUUGUUCGGGCAGGGGGCAUGGAGGGCCCUGAGGGGCUGGGCCGGAAGCAGGCCUGUCUAGCCAUGCUCCUCCAUUUCUUGGACACCUACCAGGGGCUGCUGCAGGAGGAAGAGGGGGCUGGCCGCAUCAUCAAGGAUCUGUACCUGCUGAUUAUGAAGGAUGAGUCCCUUUACCAGGACCUCCGAGAGGAUACUCUGCGGUUGCACCAGCUUGUGGAGACAGUGGAGCUAAAGAUCCCAGAGGAGAGUCAGCCACCCAGCAAGCAAGUGAAGCCACUCUUCCGCCACUUCCGCCGAAUAGACUCCUGUCUGCAAACCCGAGUGGCCUUUCGGGGCUCCGAUGAGAUCUUCUGCCGGGUCUACAUGCCUGACCACUCUUACGUGACCAUACGCAGCCGCCUCUCAGCAUCUGUGCAGGACAUCCUGGGCUCCGUGACAGAGAAACUGCAGUACUCCGAGGAACCAGCAGGGCGGGAGGAUUCCCUCAUUUUGGUAGCUGUGGCCUCCUCGGGAGAGAAGGUCCUCCUGCAGCCGACUGAGGACUGUGUGUUCACCACGCUGGGCAUCAACAGCCACCUGUUUGCCUGUACCCGAGACAGCUAUGAGGCCCUGGUGCCCCUCCCUGAGGAGAUCCAGGUCUCCCCUGGUGACACAGAGAUCCACCGAGUGGAGCCUGAGGAUGUUGCCAAUCACCUUACUGCCUUCCACUGGGAGCUGUUCCGAUGUGUGCAUGAGCUGGAGUUUGUGGAUUACGUGUUCCACGGGGAGCGCGGCCGCCGAGAGACGGCCAACCUGGAGCUGCUCCUGCAGCGCUGCAGCGAGGUCACGCACUGGGUGGCCACCGAAGUGCUGCUCUGCGAGUCCCCGGGCAAGCGCGCGCAGCUGCUCAAGAAGUUCAUCAAGAUCGCGGCCAUCUGCAAACAGAACCAGGACCUGCUGUCCUUCUACGCGGUGGUCAUGGGGCUGGACAACGCCGCGGUCAGCCGCCUGCGGCUCACCUGGGAGAAGCUGCCAGGGAAAUUCAAGAACUUGUACCGUAAAUUUGAGAACCUGACGGACCCCUGCAGGAACCACAAAAGCUACCGAGAAGUGAUCUCCAAAAUGAAGCCCCCUGUGAUUCCCUUCGUGCCUCUAAUUCUCAAAGACCUGACAUUCCUGCAUGAGGGCAGUAAGACCCUUGUUGAUGGCUUGGUGAACAUUGAAAAGCUGCAUUCAGUGGCUGAAAAAGUGAGGACAAUCCGCAAAUACCGGAGCCGGCCACUUUGCCUGGAUAUGGAGGCAUCCCCUCAUCACCUGCAGACCAAGGCCUACGUGCGCCAGUUCCAGGUCAUCGACAACCAGAACCUCCUCUUCGAGCUCUCUUACAAGCUGGAGGCCAAUAGCCAGUGAGAAUGGAGGUGCUGGUCAGCCCCCUACCAGGUCCGUGGGCACCUGGCACUAAGCACUUUGCACACUGUUCAAACCUACAUCUGCCAUCUUUUCCCUGGAGCAGCCUUCUC